UCUGAUAGGACGACGUCGGUUUAUAUAACAAACGCUACUCUUUCCUUCUUUCAAAUUUUAAUCAUCGCCGACCCUAAAUAUCGAUUUCAAUCCAACUGCGAAGCGCCGGAGUUUGGCUGUGCUCUUCUAAUCGGAGAAAUUGGGAGAGGGUUGAUUGUUGUUGUUACUGAAAUCGGAGUUCGAAGAUGGCGGCGUUGACAGAUAUUCUGCCGAAGGCGAAAUCUGCGGUGAAUAGUAACUACGAUCACUCUAACGAUCCGUGGUUUAAAAGCCGGUAUAGUUUAUCUGAGGUGGAGGAGGAGAGUGUGGCUGUGAGGGCUAAGCCAGUGCCUCCUUAUUUGAAACGGGCCGGGUUUAAGCCGUCGAAGCCCGAGGAUUUUGGGGAUGGAGGGGCGUUUCCGGAGAUUCAUUACGCGCAGUAUCCGCUUGGGAUGGGGAGGAGUAGGAGUAAGCCUGGUUCCAAGACUUUGCCUCUCACUGUGGACGAGCGUGGGAAUUUGAGGUAUGAUACGAUUGUGAGGCAGGACGAGAAUGCGAAGAAGAUAGUGUACUCGCAGCACUCGGAUCUUGUUCCGGUCUUUGCCAAGGAUGGUGCGAAGGAGGAUGACAUGGAUGUUGACGAGAAGCAGAAGGAGAUUGAUGAGACAACCCAGCAAACCAAGGCUGCGUUGGAGCAGAUUGUUAAUGUUAGGCUGAGUGCUGCGCAGCCGAAAAACGUUCCUAAGACGUCCACGGAUUCAAAGUUCAUUAAGUAUAAGCCGUCUCAGCAGUCUGCGGCUUUUAACUCUGGUGCUAAAGAGAGAAUCAUUCGGAUGGUGGAGAUGCCAGUAGAUCCUUUGGAGCCUCCGAAGUUCAAGCACAAGAGGGUUCCGAAAGCUUCGGGUUCUCCACCGGUCCCGGUCAUGCAUUCUCCGCCUCGACCUGUGACUGUGAAGGACCAGCAGGACUGGAAAAUCCCACCUUGCAUAUCUAACUGGAAGAACCCUAAAGGUUAUACGAUCCCUCUCGACAAGCGGCUGGCUGCUGAUGGUCGUGGGCUGCAGGAGGUUCAGAUCAACGAUAACUUUGCUAAGUUAUCCGAGGCCCUAUACGUUGCAGAACAGAAAGCCAGAGAGGCUGUUGCAGUUCGAUCGAAGGUUCAAAAGGAGAUGAUGAUGAAGGAAAAGGAGAAGAAAGAGAAUGAGCUACGGGUGUUGGCACAGAAGGCAAGAUCUGAGAGAACUGGUGUUGCUUCAGCAGGUGGCAUAUCAAUGCCUUCUGAGAGAACUGCUAAUGAUGGUGAUAUGAAUGUGGAAUACGAAAGGGGUAGGGAUGAGAGAAUUAGGGAUGAGAGAGUUAGAGAUGAAAGGGUUAGAGAUGGCCCCAAGGAAACAAGAGAAGAGAAAGAGGAAAGAUUGGGAAGGGAAAAAAUUCGUGCGGAGCGGAAGAGAGAGAGAGAGAGGGAAAGACGACUCGAGGCAAAAGAUGCUUCCAUGGGGAAGAAGAGCAAGAUCACCCGGGACAGAGACCGUGAUAUCAGUGAGAAAGUGGCUCUUGGGAUGGCCAACACCGGAGCAAGAGGGGGUGAAGUUAUGUAUGAUCAGAGGCUGUUCAACCAGGAGAAAGGGAUGGAUUCUGGUUUUGCCACAGACGACGCUUACAACAUCUACGACAAGGGCCUGUUUACUGCUCAGUCUGCUAUGACUACUCUGUACAGACCUAGUAAGAAUAACGAUGAUGAGAUGUAUGGUGGUGCUGAUGAGCAGCUCGAUAAGAUAAAGAAGACUGAGCGAUUCAAGGUUGACAGGGCGUUCACUGGUACAUCCGAGAGGUCUGGCCCUAGAGACAGGCCUAUGGAGUUUGACAAGGAGCAGCCGGAAGAAGAUCCCUUCGGUCUGGACCAGUUCUUGACGGAGGUCAAGACUGGUAAGAAAGCCAUCGACAAAAUUGGGAGCGGAGGUACUAUGAAGGCAAGUGCUGGAUCCAUGCGAGAUGGGUCAGAUGGAUCUUCUAGGUCCCGUAUUCAAUUCGACAAGGGGGGACGAUGAGGAGGUAGAUCACCUUUAGCUUAUGUCCCAAGCUUCAUCUUAUUCACCACUUUGUGCUGUUCGAAUUCAGAAUGAUAUAUGACUGUAUUAUGCCUGAUGGGAUGUUGUAACUUGUUUGCACUUGAAUAUUUUUGUUUUGGUUA